AUGACUUCGCGUACUUUCUGGAUCAUUCUGCUCGCUAGUGUGCCACUGGCGAUGUACUGGAGCGACAUCAAACUUCCGAGUUUUGUAUGGCCUUCAAAUCUUCGUCUGGAGAGAAACAAUUCACAUUGUAAGGAGCACUUCUUUUGGCAGAAGAUUUGGCUGACCUUAGAAGUUCCCACCAAGAUUUGGCAGAUCUGGAACGAUGACCCUGAGGGCGAUGUCGAAAGUAUAGCGGAACUGGACCGCUUCUCAUCAAAGUGGCGGUCGCUAAAUCCAAGCUAUCAAUACGAGAGUUUGAACAAGACCAGAGGAGACAGAUAUGUCGAGACAAAAUUUGACGACGACGAAGCUAUUCGGAGAACAUACAAGCUCAUUCAAGAAGACUGGAUAGUUCGGUCUGAUUUCCUCAGGUACUUGGUGCUUCUUAAGGAAGGAGGAGUUUACACGGACAAAGACACAGAGCCCGUGGUACCCAUAGAUGAAUGGGUGCCAUCCAAGUUUCGGGGUCGUACUAACAUCGUUGUUGGAAUUGAACAAGACAAGAGGGUGGGCUUGCCGUUAUGGAAAGAUCUGCCCUGGACUGUGCAAUUUGCACAAUUCACGAUUCUGACGAAACCGAACCAUCCGAUACUCCGAAAAGCCGUUGAUCAUGUCAUUGAAAACAUGUCACAGUUCCUACAAACACACGAUUUGGAGAAGGGAGUUCCCCAGCUAUACUUCCACGACGUUAUCACUCUCACCGGGCCUCGCGUCUUUACGAGUGCUGCGUUUGACUACAUUUAUGAGCAAACUGGCUUAAAGUUGAACGGAAAUGAGCUUUCCAACAUCACGGAGCCUGUUCUCCUCGCUGAUGUGCUUAUCCUACCGGUAAACUCCUUUUCAAGCGCUGCACCUUGGCACAGGCAUCUCCACUUUAUUGGAGAUGUUCUUUCAAUUCAUAAGUGGAUGUCGAGCUGGGUCCCGAGCCAUCCGCACAAGUUCCCAGUAGAAGAAUUCUACAUCACUUAA